AUGAAAAGCAGUUUUCCGAGCAAAUUUUAUUCUCCCGAUACCAUCUGGCUCUUUGGAAAGAAUCAAGAUGGACAAUUAAUAACGGAUGAAGGUAGAUCUUCCUCUGAACGUCUUGUAAAUGUAAAAAUAACUCCGAUAAGUGAACAUCAAUUGUUUCCGUACGGAGAUAAGUUGAAGUGGAUCGGAGCAGGAGAUCACUUUACUAUUUUUGUAACUCGUUCCAAUGUUGUCUAUGGAGCAGGGCAAAAUACAAGUGGUCAGCUCGGAUUAGAUCACAAUCGGCCAUUGGAAGAAAAAAUUGUUAGAAUUACAUUUUUCGAUCACAAAAAUAUUGCCUAUAUUUCAUGUGGAGCUUAUUUUACGUAUUAUUUGGAAGAAGUUGGAAAUAGUCAAAUUAUUUAUGUUUGUGGAAAGAACACAAGUGGACAAUUAGGUCUUGGAGAACGAUACCGAAGCCGUAUGGAAGUGUAUCCACCAGAACGGUUAGAUACAUCAUUUCUGCGGCCAGGAGAUCGUGUCGAAAAAAUUGUUUGUGGAUAUGAAAGUACAUUAUUACUAACAAAACAAGGAUGUUUAUAUGGAUGUGGAAGUAAUGGAACAAAUCAGUUAGGAACAUUUCCUAAUAAUGAGGAAGACUCAAUUUCAUCAUUUACUCUCUGUACUUAUACACUGCUUCCCAAUGAGAAAAUUAUCGACGUUUCACUAGGUACAAGUUAUGUAUUAAUCUUGACAGAUCAUGGCAAUGUUUUGUCCAACAAUAUUUCGCACCAGCCAUACUCUAAAAUAGGAACCUUAUUUUGUGCCCCUUUCUCCAAAAUUCAUUUUGGAGCUUCUACCUGCUUUUUACAAAUUUCGAAAAACCAUCCUGACCUUUCCCUAGCUGGCCAUGUUGUGACUUUUUCUGAUGAAUAUGGCAAUGGUAGAGCAUUGGAAUCGCAAUUUCACUGUAUGGAUUACAAGACCAUCAAUUCCGAUGAUUUUGAUUUGGAUUCAAUUAGCGGAUUAACUGGUUUCUUUUUCAUAUCUAAAGACUAUAAGGUGUACUGCUUGGGAAACAAUGAAUCGAAUGAACUGGGAUUGGACUCUUCUGAAGUUAGUUCUGUCACAACGCCAAUGCGGCACUUGAUACUGGAAGACAUUAUUUCUAGAACUCUCUCUUUUUCCAAACAAAACAUGAAACCCACCAUCGUCUGUGGAUACUCGCAUUCCAUACUUUAUUUCUCUUCACAGGAAACACGAGAUUACCGACUCUUCUUUGGAAAUUUAGAAAAACAUGCUUCACAUCAAACUGCACUCUGUGACCUUGAUUUUGUGUUUUUAGAUUAG